AAGGACGUUAAAGUGAACGGUCAAAAUCACGGAAAAACAUUCUUCUUUCGAAUUAAUGGCGUGCCAAUCUUUGUUCGAGGUAGCAACUGGAUUCCUUCAACCCCCUUUCCAUCACAGAAGAGCCAUCAAGGAGACUCGCGUACAGUCCGAGAUUCAGAAUUGCUUUAUUCAGCUGCUCGAGGCGGAAUUCAAAUGCUCCGCAUUUGGGGUGGUGGUCGAUAUGAAGAUCGAAGGUUCUAUGAUCUCGCAAGUCAAAUUGGGAUCAUGAUUUGGCAAGAUAUGAUGUUCGCCUGUGCAAUGUAUAAAAAACCGCCAGAGGGAGAGUAA